AUUGCGAAUGCUUAGUUUCACCCCAUUCCAAAGCUUCGGUGGGGGUGUUUUAGAUGUGUUGGGACAUAUAAAUGAGCGCCAGCCCUGCAAAGGCAGCCACCGUAACGGUGAACUUCGCGGCGAGUCAGAGCAUGGACUUGCCCCGGAGUUCACUCAGAGCCACCGUAGCGAAAGGUUGUGCCGGCCGCUCGCUGUUCGAGUCAAGAGUGUUAGUGAACGCCGCGUUCUCGACCAGUGAGGACCGCCGCGUUAGGACACAGUUCAGUGUCAACCAGUGCUUAUUGAACAUCCAAGCGGUAACGCCACUACAGCGGGAGCACGGGCGUGUUCCACGGGGCUGCCGCCCCACGCGGCGGAAGUCUUUUCUUCUCUAGCGCGCCGAAACUACGGUACUGCAAACAAUUCACCUUAGUGCUCUCCCAUGCGCAACUCCAGCCCUUCUCCGUUAGUCCACCGCCUCUGUGUUGGCGGGGUCCGGGACGGACGGCGGCGGGGCGGGGUGGAGCGGACGCGCCUCGACAAUAGCUAUGGAAAUGAGCCCCGACCGCGGCGCAGGUUCCGGUCCGACUUCUAAUAAAUGGCCGGAGCGAAGUUUAGCGCAAGUGGCCCCGUUAGGACGUGCGCGGCGGCAUGGCGGCGGCGCGCCGCCCGCCCUCCGUCCGUCGCCCCCAGCCAGGGUGCGGCGCAGCGCAGCGCAGGGCGGUCGCAGCCUCCAGGGCCAAAAGCUCUUCAGCCGCCGCCCCGCCCCGACGCCCAGCAGGGGUUCUCCGACUGUGGGAAUUAUUUGCAGACAGUGCGGGAACGAUUUCCACGAGAUGUUCAUUCAGCAUUUGGCCAAAUCUGCUUAUUCCAUAGCAAAAAAGAAAGAAGAAUUGCAUUACAAUGAUAUAGCGGAAAGUGUUGAGAGAAAUGCAAAUAUGUCUUUUGUUAAAGAAUUGAUACCUAGAACUACCACUUGGAGUAAGUAUAGGGAAUUAAUGGUAGCCAAAGGUUUAACUAUUGAAUAUGAAAGUUCAGAAGAAGAAAGUGAUGAGACUGGCAGUAUUUCUAGCCAAGAAUAAAGUUUUGACAGUGAUGAAGUUUAUUGAAGUGGAAUAUGAAUUAAAGAAAGCAAAUAACACUAGUAUGCUUAAAAUAGUACUAUGUUCAAAAACUGUUUAUACGUUGGUUUAGUAAAAUGUAUUAAAUAUUUCCAACCCAUGAAGUUGGAAUGGAUAUGGAAGGGUGAUUGAGGCUGUUCUGGUUUAAAAAUCCUUAAGAAAAAAUAUUUGUACUUGUACUGUAAUGUGUUAAGAUAAAUAAAAAAAUGAAUUGAUCUGGAAUUU